CUCUAUCUCUCUCUAUCUCUUUCUCUAUCUCAUUGUUUCUUCUUCUUCUUCUUCUUGUUCUUAAAAAAUAACCCAAUAUUUCUUAUCUCUGCCAUUGUACUUCUCAGUUACAAUGGUGGAACCAUCACCUCUUUUGUUUACUCUACUUGUUGUUUUGCUCUUCAUUGUAUGUUGUGAUGCAAUUAACUACUCUUUUGAAGAGAAGACUAGAGUUCUCAAUCUGAACAACUUGAAAAGGGAACCAAAAAUCAUUACCUCUUCAAAUUGCCUCUCAAAGAAAUCAAGGAUUGAGAGGGGUGCAACAAUAUUGGAAAUGAAGCACAGUGAUCACUGCUAUGGAGGUACUAAUGCUGACUGGAACAAGAGGCAGCAGAGGAAGAUAAUUACGGAUGAAAUCCGCGUUAAGUCGCUGCAAUCUCGAAUCAAGAACAUGGUUUUCAACUAUAACAAUGGUGUUUCAGACACUCAAAUCCCAUUAACAUCUGGUAUAGACCUCGAAACUCUCAACUACAUUGUUACAAUUGAAUUAGGUGGUAGAAAACUGACUGUAAUUGUGGACACUGGAAGUGACUUGACUUGGGUUCAAUGCCAACCUUGCAAAUCAUGUUACAAUCAACAAGACCCUCUCUUUAACCCUUCAAUGUCCUCUUCAUAUCAGACAGUUCUGUGCAACUCCACAACUUGUCAAUCCCUCCAGUUUGACACUGGCAAUAGGGGAGUAUGUGCGAGCAACACACAGACCUGUAACUAUUCUGUUAGCUAUGGUGAUGGGUCUUACACAAGUGGUGAAUUAGGCCGCGAAAAUCUCAAUCUAGGCAACACUACUGUCAACGAUUUCGUAUUCGGGUGUGGAAGGAGCAAUAAUGGUCUAUUUGGAGGAGUUUCAGGGCUAAUGGGAUUGGGAAUGAGUAAUGUUUCAUUGGUUUCUCAGACUCCCAACAUAUUUGGAGGAGUUUUCUCCUAUUGUUUACCUACAACAGAAGCUGAGGCUUCAGGGUCAUUAGUUUUAGGAGGAAACACUUCAGUUUACAAGAAUUCAACCCCAAUUUCAUACACUAAAAUGGUACAAAAUCCAAUGCUACCCACAUUUUAUUUCAUCAACCUGACUGGAAUCAGCAUUGGUGGGGUGGCAUUGGAAUCUCCAAGUUUUGGUAAAAGUAGGUUUCUGAUAGAUUCGGGAACAGUAGUCUCAAGACUUCCUCCUUCAAUCUACAGAGUUGUGAGAGCAGAGUUUAUGAAACAAGUUUCUGGGUUUCCUUCUGCUCCUGGUUAUUCAAUACUUGAUACUUGUUUUGACCUAAGUGGGUACGAAGAAGUGGACAUACCCAAGAUUGAAAUCCAAUUUGAAGGGAAUUCUGGCAUGACUGUGGAUGUGACUGGGGUUUUUUAUUUUGUGAAGACUGAUGCUUCACAGGUCUGUUUGGCUCUUGCUAGUCUUUCAUAUGAAGGAGAGAUUGGUAUAAUUGGCAACUUUCAGCAGAAAAACCAGAGGGUUGUGUAUGAUACUAAGCAAUCUAUGUUUGGAUUUGCAGAAGAAGCUUGUAGUUUUGAGUAGGGUGUAUGGCUUCUGAAUGUGUAUAUAUAAUGAGACGGAGGGAGUAUAUAUCUUUGUAUUUGUAUUGCCAAUUAAAUUUUUGGCACAGAAAAUGUGAUUUUAGUGUGUCUCCCGGUUCAUAUCAGUCACAUAAAAAUAGGGAUUUCUUAUUAA